AUGGCUUCUCCAGACAAGCCAGACAUCUCACACGUCGAGGGCCACGACGCCCUCAAGCCCGGCGACGUGGACCUGAUCAACGUCGUGCGCGUCCCCCUCACAGAAGAAGACAACAAGCACAUCCGACACAAGACAGACCGGCGCAUCCUCGUCAUCCUCAUCUGGGUGUACUUCCUGCAAAUCCUCGACAAGACGGUCCUCGGGUAUGGCGCGACGUUCGGCCUGCAGGAGGAUGCAAAUUUGACCGGCAACCAGUACUCGCUGGUCGGGUCCAUUGCGCCCAUUGCCCAGCUGGCCUGGCAGCCUUUCUCGUCGUAUUUAAUUGUUAAAGUGCCGCAUCGUAUCCUCAUGCCUGUUCUUGUCUUUGGAUGGGGUGUUGCGCAGACUUGCAUGGCUGCGUGCCACAACUUUGGCGGCCUCAUGGCUACGCGCUUCCUGCUUGGGCUGUUUGAGGCUGGAUGUCUGCCUUUGUUUAGUAUUAUCACGAGUCAGUGGUAUCGCCGUGCUGAGCAGCCGCUGCGCGUGGCAGCUUGGUAUGGCACGAAUGGCCUCGCGACGAUCGUUGCAGCUGCAUUGUCGUACGGUCUGGGGCAUAUCCAGUCUGAUGUUCUGGAGGAGUGGCAGAUCAUCUUCCUCUUCGUCGGCCUCAUCACCGUCAUCUCCGCGCCAAUCGUAUACAUCUUCCUCGACAACGACAUCGCAUCCGCGCGCUUCCUCAACGAACAAGAGAAACUCCAAGCAAUGGAACGCCUGCGCGCAAACCAAACCAGCACAGGCACCCGCGAGUUCAAAAUGCACCACAUCCUCGAAGCCGCGCUCGAAAUCAAGACGUAUCUCUGGAUCGCGAUAACGAUGCUCCUGAACAUCGGAGCCAGCGUGACGAAUGUCUUUGGCCCGCUCAUUCUCAGCGGCCUCGGGUUCGACAAGUACAGAACGACAUUGCUGAAUAUGCCCUUUGGCGCGCUGCAAUUCAUCUGUAUCCUGCUGGGCAGUUACCUCGCCCAGAAGGCGCGCAUGAAGGGCGUCAUCUUCGCGCUGUUCAUCCUGCCUGUCGUCGCGGGUCUCGGAGUCCUCUACGCUGUCCCCCGUGAUAAUUCCGCCCAAGGCGCCCUCAUGGCUGGAUACUAUCUCCUCGCUUUUCUCUUCGGCGGGAACCCACUGACUGUGACCUGGAUCGUGGGAAACACCGCCGGCAUGACAAAACUCAGUGUCGUGAUGAGUCUAUUCAACGCCUCUUCAGCUGCCGGGAACAUUAUCGGCCCACUGCUGUUUAACGAGAAGGACGAGCCUGCAUAUCUCCCCGGUCUACGAGCUUGUCUGGGUAUAUUCGCCGCACUGCUUGUUAUCAUACUGAUCCAGUGGGCGCUCCUUUUCCUCCUCAACAAGCGCCAGGAGAAGCGGCGGAUUGCGAAUGGCAAGCCCGGGAAGAUGGUUGACCGGUCGAUGCAGAACCACUUCCACCAGGAGGAUGAGAUCCCAGAGGCUGGGGCGGAGGAGACGGUUGGGAAUAAUGCGUUCAAGGACUUGACGGAUCGGGAGAAUGAUGAGUUUGUGUAUAUUUACUAG